AAAACGCAGCCGGGCAUUCCUCCUUUUCCAAGCGAGUUGUCUGUCUGCCUUCGAGAGCGCUCCCGUUCAUUCCUUCGUUCAGUCGUCUAUCGUGCGUCCGCUGUGAUUGGUGGAUCGAACCUUGUUUCUCAUCUUCUCUCGCACAGAAACAGCAGAGGGAGAGGGAUCGUGUGUUGUGUCAUCGGCCGUCGUCUUGCUUGCUGGGUUCCGGAGGGUGUUCCGAACGUCCUUCCGCCGUGACUGCCCCGUGUUGGAACGGUCUUGAUCUUUGAGCGAUUGCCUGGUUCGAAAAGGUGGUCACCACGACGACCACGACGGGAAAAGAUUUUAAGGCCUUAAUGUUAUAAUGGAAGCCAAAGGAGGUGACGAAAAGAAUUCCAGUACUAGUUCUUGGCAGUACGAGAGCCCCCUUGGAUACGUUGUGGAAGACGUGCGCCCUCACGGUGGUGUCGAGAAGUUCAGAACUGCUGCAUACUCAAACUGCGUGAGGAAGCCAUCCUGAUAUAGGCUCCAGGAGUGUGAAUAGGAGUGGUGCUGCUGCCCGUGUGGAGUGGGCUGGUCUGCUGCUCGCAGCUCCCUUGCAGAUCGGCUUUUUAUCUUUUUAUUUUUCCCCGCUCGUUUCUCCCAUCCCAUCUUCUCGUUCCACCUGCUUGAAACACUGUAACUUCUCUUACUACUAGGUCAACAUGGGAGUUUGUGUUGCUCCUGAGUCUGGAAACGUAAUGGAGGUCAAAUCAUGCCCUGGAUUUGAGGGGUUUGAGAAAAGAUUGGAAGUAGAGUUCCACCCUGCCCCACUAUUUAGUGAUCCCGCGGGUAGGGGUUUGAGAGCUCUCGCCCGUGCAGAAUUGGAUGUUAUGUUGGACGCUGCAAAGUGUACAAUUGUGGCCCAACUCUGCAACGAAGAAUUUGACUCUUACGUGCUGUCAGAAUCGAGCCUCUUUGUCUACCCGUUGAAGAUUGUCCUGAAAACCUGUGGUACCACUCAAAUACUGAAAGCCAUACCGCCUUUGCUGGAAUUUGCCGCUGGACUUUCCUUGAAACUUCGUCGCUGCAAGUACACUCGAGGGACAUUUAUGUUUCCCGCCGCUCAGCCAUAUCCCCAUGGGAGCUUCAGCGAGGAGGUUGGGUAUUUGGAGCAGUACUUCGGUGAUUUGGGAUCGGGAGGCAAAGCUUACGUGAUGGGUAAUAUGGCAAAGUUUCCGAACUGGCAUAUCUACUCUGCGUCGGACGAGAACGACUCCAGUGAUGAGCGCACGUACACUUUGGAGAUGUGUAUGACCAAGCUAGACAAGGAGAAGGCCUCGCAGUUCUUCAAUGUAGAUGGUAAGAAGUCGGGUGCGGACAUGACGGAGGCGGCGGGGAUCAACGAGCUUCUUCCUAACUCCAAAAUUUGUGAUUUUUCAUUUGAGCCUUGCGGUUAUUCUAUGAAUUCUAUCGAAGGCGCAGCACACUCAACUAUUCAUGUCACUCCAGAAGAUGGAUUCAGUUUCGCCAGUUUUGAGACUAUGGGAUAUGGCCCUCGGGAAGUGGACCUGGUACGCUUGGUGGAGAAUGUCACCUCCAUUUUCAGGCCUGCGUGCUUCUCGAUGUGCCUUUACGCUACUGGCAGCGCGGGGGGUGGAUCUUGCCCAGGGUCCUGGGAAAAAUCCAUUUGUCCGUCUGGUUACGUCUGUGAUGGUACUAGUCGACAGGAGCUGCCUUGUGGCAGUGUCGCAGUGUUUCAUACUUUUAAGGACUCUCGUUUCGGGGCUGUGGCUGCUGUGCAUGCUCUUCCACUAUUUCAGCUUCCGGAGCAGGUACUUUGCGAGGAUGAGUACGUGCCCGGGAAGUCUUUGGUGUCUAAGAAAGAUCCAAAGUAUUCAUCAUCAUGCGGUAAGAAUUCUCUGUGGAAUCUGAACGGUGUCGUGGGAGGAGAGAUGGCUGAAGUGUUCACACAAUUCGACGCGGCUGUCAUCGGAUCGACUCUCAAGGACACUGACUCUUUCAUCAGGAAGAAGGUGAAUGACAGUGAGCUGGAGAGUGCUUUCUAUGUGAUGGACUUGGGAUCGGUUUUGAGGCAAUGGAAAUUAUGGGUAACCGCUCUGCCUCGUGUCAAACCCUUUUAUGCGGUGAAGUGUAAUCCCGACGCGGCUUUGCUUGCACUCCUUCACAAACUGGGAGCUGGCUUUGACGUGGCGAGCAAAUCGGAGCUGAAGGCUGUCACCGAUAUUGGAGCAGUUCCCGAAAACAUAAUAUUUGCCAACCCCUGUAAGCUUCCUACCCACAUUACGGAGGCAGGAAAGCAUGGUGUACUCCGUACAACAUUUGACUCAGAAUCAGAGCUUUACAAGCUGAAGAAGUUUCUUCCCCACGCCGAAGUUGUUCUGCGUAUCAGAGCCGACGAUCCAACGGCGCGGUGUCAGCUCGGUACCAAGUACGGAGCUGAACUUGAAGAAUGCGAGCAGCUCCUCACCGUCGCGAAGCAACUAAGCCUGAAAGUUGUGGGUGUUGCGUUUCACGUGGGCAGCGGUGCGUCAGACGCAAGUGCCUUCGCGUACGGAAUCGAGUGUGCCAAAUAUGUGUUUGGCGUCGCGGAAGCAAUGGGGCUGAACGAUAUGAAGAUUUUGGACAUCGGAGGUGGGUUCGUCUCGAAUGCAUCCGCCGGCGUGAACUUCGCCACCGCAGCGUCAACCAUCAACAAAGCUCUGGACAAGUGCUUUCCCGUCAGCAUGGGGGUGACUGUGAUUGCGGAACCUGGCAGGUUCUUCGCGGAGGAUGCUUUCACCUUGGCGACGUACGUAUUCGGCUGCCGCAUGCGCAAGAAGGGCGGAACGAAACAGGCUGAGUAUUGGGUCAAUGACGGCAUCUAUGGAUCCAUGAACUGUCUGCUCUACGACCAUGCCGUGCUGUCGGUGCGCGCGCUUUCUCAAGACGACGAUGCAGAGGAAGAAUGGCGCGAUAGGAACGUCUAUCAGUCCACCAUCUUCGGGCCGACCUGUGACGGCCUUGACACUGUGAUGCGUGACAUUUAUCUGCCGGAGCUGCAAUGCGGCGACUGGCUGUUGUGGCCACGCAUGGGAGCGUACACCAAGGCCGCAGGGUCUAAUUUCAACGGUUUCAACGUCAAAGACAUCCCAACGUCCUACGUCUACACUUGCAGGGAGAAGGAUUAUUCCUGCUUCGACCAUGAUUUCCUCGUUACUGAUGGUAGUGAAUCUAGUGAGGAGUAUUCAAUUUUCAGUUUUGGUAAAUACAGCAGCAGCAGCAGCAGCGACGAUGAGCAGUAGGUUUUCGUUUUAGCGUCUUGCAGUUUUGUUCGCAUGCCAGUUGGAUAUAUUUCGUCAUGAUUGACGUCGAGGAGCGAGUCGAUGAGUGUAGAAAUAACUCUUGCUCCAUUAUAUUUGUGUAAAUGGCGUGAGAGUUCUUUCUCUUGCGCCGACGCAACAGCUAUGAAAGUGAAAACUUCGUAGACACUAAAUUUUCCUCCCUAUUCAGGGUUUGUCAUUCUUCAACAAUUUUUGUUUUUAGUUCACAGAUAGAAAUUACUAUCUAAAUAAAUUAUUUGUCUUUAUACCUGGAAAAACUUUUGCAGGUAAGAAAAGUGGAUAAAGUGAGAGUGUAUAGGUGGUUAUCUUCAU